GUAGCCUCUGACCAGCUGCCUUGGAGCCAUCAGGAUGCCUCUGCCUUCUCUCUCAGCAGCUAUUUUGUCUCAUAUGAUAGCUAUAAACAAUGUGCCGCCUCCUCCACUUCGCAGUUUACCAAAGUUGAAAAUGUCUAAGUACAUUGAUUAUGGUCAGUUGAAUGCAUUGUGCCAUAUGAGAGGACUACAAUCUAGCCAGAGUUCUUACAGUAUCCUGUCAGCUCACAAUAUGUUUAUAAAGCAAUAUCCUAAAAUAUUCCUGAAGAAAAAAACCAGACUGCCUAAACUCUUCAAACAAGAGGAAAAAAGAGAACUUACUGAAGGCACCGAAGAACUUCAACCCCAACAACCUGAUGAUUCUCACAAUAUAGCUAUCCAUGUUAAAAAAGCACGUGGUGGCCCUACUUUAUAUGAACCAAAAAAAUUAGAAGAGAAGUUAGUGGAAUUCCUGGAUAUUUUAAAGAAAUUGCCCAUUUACAGGACAUUGCGUGAACACAGAACUGUGUGGAAGAUGCUGAAAACAAUUCCAGAUUUGACCUCUCAGCUAACUGAUGAGCAUCUGAAAACACUUAGUAGGAGUGUCAUUUCUGAAACCUGGGUAAAAGGCAGCACAGUGGUUGGAAAUGAUGGAUUUUAUAUAAUACUAAAAGGUUCAGCUCGACCUCAAACAAAGGCAUAUAAAGAUCUGAUUGACGAAAAUGAGUCAGCAUCCUCUUUCAUACCUCAGAGUUUCCAAGGAUUUGUUUCCAACGAAGACUUCAAAAACAUACUUGCUGAGAUGCACACACCUUCAUGUGAUCCAAUGAACUCACAAUGGAGAGGAUUCAUUUUGGCACUGAGCCAUGCUGGCCUGGGGAAUGAGGUGACACAGCUUCGACAAUGGAGUACCUUUGGAACCCUGGAAGUUACAGCUCAGACUGAAUCAGACACAAAGGAGUACUCAGUGAUCACAGAAGAAGAUUGUGAAAUUCUUAAAAUCCCAGCAAAGGAUUAUGUGAGGUUAAAAUCGGAAAACAUAAAGCUUGAAAAUAAAGAAAAGAUGAAAUUAAUUCAUAAAUGUCCAUAUUAUGAGGAGUGGCCAACUUUAUCCAUAUGUGAGCUAGUUGCACUCAUUAAAUGGAAAAAAUUUCCUCCAGGUCAUGUGAUAGUGGAAAGUGGGAAGAUAAUUUCUUUUGUGGCUUAUAUUUAUUCUGGAUAUUGUAAUAUUUAUAGAAAUAUUGUAGGACUUAUGAAACUACAACCAAAAAAAGUGAAAAAAAAUCAAAAACUUGUUUGUAUGGGCAAACUUAAUGAGAAGGAAUCCUUUGGUGAGAUUAGUGUUCUUCUUCAAGUUCCUUUCACAUGCACAAUAGUUACUGGAAAAGAGGUUGAGAUGGCAAUCAUUGAAGAUAAGGACCUAUUUGAAUUAGACCCAGUGACCAAGCAACUUAUGCUCCAUACAGCUAAACCAACUUUUGGUCAUCUAGAAGAUGAGGAUGUUAAAAAUGUAUAUUUGGAAAGGGAACAAAAAAAGGAAUGGAAAAAUUUCAAGGAUAAAACAAUGAAAAACUCCUUGUAUUAUAAUGGAAUUAUUCCAGGCUUUGGAAAAUGGGACCAUUGCUGGACCAGCAUUCCUAGGAAUCUCAAGGAUACUCUAAUCAGUUAUUAAAAAUGUCAACUUAUAAGAAAUUGGGAAUUUCAGCAUGGGUUAUUAAUUGUUUUUGUUAUUCACUUGGAAUCACUAUAAUGGUCUACCCAAUUACCUUACAAUUCUAUUUCUUCCCGAAGACAA